AUGGAGACGGACCCACAGUUAAGUCUGGACGCCGCCAGCGAAGCGGUGGGUCGCUACCAUCCGAUCCAGGCGAGGGAAAUGCUCUGUCCUCCCGACCCGCUGCAGGCGGUGACCGGUGUGGCUUCGGUGCUGGAUCCCUGCGACUACCGGCCGGAUCUGCCGCUGGUAGGAGUGAGCUGCGACUCCCCCGGAGCCAGCUACGGCCCCUUGCCCAGUUCCCUGCAACCGGCGGGCAGGUACCGAGCUCACAGCCUGUCCGCCAGCAAUGUCCUCGGUAGCUUCGCCUUCAUGAGAGAGGAGAGGGCUCUCAACAACUUCUACGGCUCUUACCCUAAAGAUCUGGGUAUGGGACACUCAAUGUCCCCCAUGAGCGCCCAAGGUUUGGGGGCUUACGGAUUCUGCGCCGGUCACCUGGGCGUCGAGAAGAUGCCCCCCAACUCCUCCAACGAGACACCUUCAAUGUUCCUGCGCGGAGAUCAGAACUUCAUGUCUCUACAGCCCGCUGCUGGGGUGGUCCCGUUGAACCCCCAAGAGGGGGUCGUCCAUCCCAGUCGACCCCUGCCUCGCCGCUCGCCGCUGGGGAGAUUCCAGUCCGAAGCCCUGGGACAUUCGGAACAGAUCGACACCAAGGAGGUGGCUCACAGCGUCAUGGUGGAGUUGAAGAGGUAUAGCAUCCCGCAGGCGAUCUUCGCCCAGAGGGUCCUCUGCAGGUCGCAGGGGACCCUGUCCGACCUUUUGAGGAACCCCAAGCCCUGGGCGAAGCUCAAGUCGGGACGGGAGACCUUCAGGAGGAUGUGGAAAUGGCUACAGGAACCCGACGACCAAAAGAUAUCUUCGCUGAGAUUGGAAGCCUGCAGGAGGAAAGAACAUGAACAAACCAGGGCCAAUCACCACCGCUUGCCCAAGAAACACCGGCUGGUCUUCACGGACGUCCAGCGCCGAACCCUCCUCGCUAUCUUCAGGGAGAACCCUCGCCCCAACAGGGAGCUGCAGGCGACCAUCGCCCAGCAGCUCGGGCUGGAACCCUCCACCGUCGCCAACUUUUUCAUGAACUCGCGCCGCCGGAGCCUGGACAAGUGGCUGGAGGAGGAUGCGCAGGGCUCCGCUGGUACCCCCCACUCGUGA